AUGAUAGAUGGGAAAUCAAUGAUGGAGCAAGUUCAAGAUUUUCAUAUACUAGUGGCUGAAGUUAGAUCCGAAUGCAUCAAAAUUGGAGACAAUCUUGUUGUGGCAGUUUCUUACCAUGCUCGCUCGGUUAGCUUGCCCUCUAUAUCAUCUCAUCCUCCAAUUCCUCAAUUCAAUGAGCAUUUGUUUAGACUAAGGACUUCUGAAUCUACUUCUUCCUCAUUCCCAUCAAUAAACAACAGAUUAGAAGGCCUCCAAGAUUUGUACUACUGUGUUGAUGAUUUGCUUCUACUUCCACACACCCAAAAAGAAUCCAACAAGAAAUGGGUUGAAGAGGCCUUGGAUGGAUAUUUGAGGCUCUUGGAUGUGUGUGUCAUCACCAGAGAUGUCCUAUCACAAACAAAGCAGCACGUUCAAGAACUUCUUUCAAUCCUGCGAAGGAGGAGGGACACCAAUGACUUCGGUUUCUACUUAACCUCUAGAAAUAAGGCGAAGAAAUGCCUAUGUGGCUCCGCCACUAUUCAUAAGCUCGAAGAAGGACCAGAGUGCUUAUGCAGGCAUUUGAUCAAGGCCAGAGUGUCCCUUCUCAACAUUCUCAAUCACUAG